AAGCAGGGCCGGGCCUCCUCCCCGACCCCCGUGGGAGUCAGCGCGGAGGGCUGCUGGGUCGGGGGGGAGAGGGGCUGCGGAGAAGCCAGAGGUCGAGACAGGCGGAGCGGGGCAUGGGGAGAGCCGCGAGAAGGGGCGUCGCUGCUCCCGUUACGCUUCCAGAGCCUGCAGCAGUGGCGCCGGGGCUGAGCCGCGGAGGACAGGGGGUUGGCAGCAGCUUCUGCUUUUCUCCUCGCAGCCCCGGCGCCACUGCCCCUCGCCGGGCCACGCCGCCCGAUAGGCCGCACAGGGUGAGCGCCGGCGCGGGCCGGCAGCACCUCGCCCCGGACUGGAGGGGAGCGCGCGGCGGGGCGGCGGCGGGGGGACUCCGCGAGCCGGGCGGUCCGCGCGUCCCCCGAGCGCGCCAGGUCCGGCAGCCCCCGGGCCGCGGCCGGAACGGAGCUCCCUGCGCACCCCCCGGGGGCCGGCAGCGGCCGGGAGGCGGCGCGGGACUCGGCCCCUCGGUCCCGCAGCUCCGCGCACCCGGCGGCGGCCCCGCGGGCUCGUGCGCCGGGGCAGCCUCGGAGCCCAUGGCGGGCGGCGAGGCGGGCGGCGCGGUGCGGCGGCCCGGGGCCCCCGGCGGGCGUGGGGGAGAGGCUGCGGCCGGCAGCCCUGAGCUGCUGUCCAUUGCUGAAGCGCCGGCCGCCGCCGCGGCGCUGCCCGCCUGGAUGCGCCUCUACUUCUACGGGAUGCACGGGAUCACCCUGGACGUGCUCGUGUCCUCGGCGCGGCGCUUCGCUCACAGCCCGGACCUCCGGAUGCUGGGCUUCUCCUCGCCCUACCGCUGCCUGCUGCACUCGCUCACCCACUUCGCCCUGGAGAAGGUCUACCUGCAGCAGCGGCGCUGCCCCAGCGCCUUCGUCUUCAAUUUCCUCCUCUACCCCUCGGCGCAUGUGGGGUUGCAGACCCUGGCGGGCCAGGCACUGCUGCUCGGCCUGGGCGCGUCGGGGGGCGCGGCGGCGCCGGGGACGCUGGACCUGGCGCUGCAGUACGUGCUGGCGCUCUACCACGGCCGUGUGUUCCUCAAGCGCUUCCUGCGCCUGCGGUACCAGCCGCACGGGCAGCGGCCGGGCGCGCACCCCGCCCUUCCCGGCGCCCGGGCCCCUGCGGCUGCAGGUGGCCGGCGGCGACGGCCCCGUGGCACCAGGGGCGUCGGGGGCGCCCCAGCCCAGGGGCUGCCGGAUCUGCUCCGCUUUCUUUUCUUCGGAAUGCACGGCUUUUUGGAUGAGAUCUUCUUCACCUUCUUUUUUAACGUACUGGGGCGGGGGGAGGGGGCAACCAGUGGCCACACGUCCCUCUGGUCCUUCUUUAUGUACGGCAGCUGCAGUUUCGUGGUGGAAAAGCUCUACUUCCACCUGCACUACAGCCGUGGCUGGGGCACCUGGAAGCGGGUGCCUAUCUACGUUGUCUUCGUCUACGCGUGGGAGCUGUCCUGGGGUCUGGGACUCCGCACGUGCGGGGCCUGUUCCUGGGACUAUUCCCACUACCCGCUCAAUUUCAUGGGGCUCAUCACCCUGAUGUAUUUGCCUGGUUGGAUAUUCCUUAGUGUAUACCAGGACCUACUUUCAAACGUGUUGUGGCGGGUGCAGUACGUACCAGUUAACUAAGAUUCAAAAAAAGAAGAAAAGAAAAGAAAAAGUCACUGGAUUCUCACGAAUGAAUGGGAUUAAGUUUUACAAGUUUAAAACGGAGUGGGGUUUUUUUUUAUCCUUUUAAUUUUUAUACGUUUUACUAAACUCUUCCAACAUGUUUUAUUCAACAUUUUAGUUUUUCUAACAAUUUGGAAUCUAUGCAUAGUACACUAGUUUGAAAUAUUACUGGAACUGUAACUCAAAGUACUUAACUUCUCAAUAUUUUAAAACCGUUACGUGCCCAAACAGUAAAACCAUUUCACCUUAACAUCAGAAGCUGUAGUAUUCACUUAUUUGGGCAAUUUUUUUUUUUCUAGCGAGGAAUUAUUUCAAAUCAGAUUAGUAAUUUUUACAGGAUUUGGCAAAAUUUUCUGAUUCAUUAUUUCCUUUUUAAUCCAAUUUCAUUUUAAUAUAUUUGCCAUAUUUAUCAGUAACUGCUGAAACUCAGUGUCUUGUACCACCCAAAUUAGUUAAUUCUUAAAGUGCCUCUGUCUAGCACACAAGUGAUAAGAAACCGACAAAUGUGAAAACAAUCCUAUGAAUUGAUUUUUAAAUAUGAAAUCUUUUCUAGCAACUCAGACAAGUGACACUGAAGAUAUUUAUCUCCAUCCCGGAAAUGACUCCUUUCCAAUGUGGGUUAGCCUUAAACGCCAAGUGUAUUAACGUUGAUCAGAUCCUGUGUUACCUAUCGCUGUAAAUUUUUGUUGCUGUGCAAUAAUGUAAAUGGUUUACCUUACUUGUUAAAGGGCCAAGUGAAAUUUUACCACCCUCCGUAGUGCUCUAACCCUAAGGACCCAGUCUGCACAGAGCUUCAGGAGCAGAAACGGUUCCAUGGAAUAAAAUGAAUCUGAAUGCUCACCCUAAA